AUGUUCCAGCUUUUUCAACCUACGUUUGCUCGGAUCGGGGCCAUCUCGAAGGACCAUGCUUCAAGUGCAUGGCACGUUGCCGGAAGACCCCUAACGUACAACAUGAACGAGUUAGCCACUGUCGCCGGCUACCAUGAUGAUCAAUUCCCAACCGCGCCGUUUGACCGUGCAAGCGAUUAUCUGGGGUCGGUCGCGAACGAGCACCUGGUCCACCUUUGGACCCAGCACAACCUUGCCGACGAUCCAGAAAUCGCUCAGAAGCGGUUCAUUGCCCGUCAUCGGUUCGCACAGCUGGUUUCAAAAUACUAUCCUGAGGACUGCGGUCCCUUUAUACCUUUCUGCGACGACAUGCGACCCUCGAAUAUGCUCAUAGACCCAGAAGCACUCCGGAUCACCGCCAUCCUCGAUUUCGAGUUCACGAAUGCUAUGCCAGCUGGGUUCACGUAUGACCCGCCCUGGUGGUUGUUGCUCUCUGGACCGGAUAUGUGGCUUGAGCGCUGCGCGAUGGAAGAGUUUUUGACUCUCUAUGAGCCUAGAAUGGAGCAAUUUUUGCCAGCUCUAGAGCGAGUCGAAAUUCAAAUGGCAUCAAAGGUCAAACAACCCGGCCAAUCGUCUCUCUCUUCCCGUAUGCGCGACUCAUGGAGGACUGGGCGAUUUUGGUUCGACUAUGCGGCAAGGAAGAACUUCGAUGUAGACACCAUCUACUGGGCUGCAUUACAUGACGACGGUCUGGGUGUUCAGUUGCUUGACGAUAAGACGCGUGCAGAGAUGGAGUCAUUUACAUAG